AUGCCCUUCAGUUCAGUCCGCUAUCGUCCGAUGACAACUUUUGCGGUCGACCACCGGCAUGCUAACAACGGUCAAGGCAAACAGGAACCAGUCUGUUCAUAUCCAGAUCAACUAGUCGCUCGAUCUUGGCGCAAACCACGAGGCACUGAUUCCCGCCGCUACUAUUUCCUCUCUUCUAGGCCAUCCGGCGCGGAUUUAGCUGAGCUCUGGGGGAAGCUGUCAGACAGGCCAAGGAAGAGCGCAAAACAACUCUCUCGUCUGCGAGCUUUCGCCACAGGACAACUCGGAAACACAAUGUCGCUUGACGUGGCGAGGCCCGGUCGUUCGAGGCCACAUUCGGAGAUCUUCGUAGGCGCGGACGAAGACCGAGUAGCGCAGUUUAUGGCCGCGCAAAUGCUACAAAGCAAUUCUAGUAGCAACUCAAUUGCUGGUGGAACCUCAUCUCGUUCGAUGUCUCGGGAGCGGUCUAACAGUGACGACUCGAAUAUUAUGAGUGUCGGUAUGCCAACAUUGCGCAACGAGCGAGUUGUCGCUACGGGGAAUGGUAUCACCGUUAGCAUUGCACUAGCUGAGCCAGUACUCUUCCUACCGGGUUAUGACCACAACGAUCCAAGCACGAAGAAGUCGACGAUUUUGAGAGGCCAUUUGCAUAUCAAGACAACGAAGGCAGUAAAGGUUAAGAAGGUUUCCAUAUGUUUUCGUGGACAGGCGCAAACGGAUUGGCCAGAUGGUAUUCCACCAAAGAAAGUCUCUUUUCACGACAAGAAAGACAUCCUAACAUCGGGGAUGGUCUACUUCAACCAAGGCGAAUCUUCCAUUGUUCAGAAUCCUUACGGUGCUCAUUACUACAAAGUAGCGAGCCCGGCGCCCCUGAACGCGACCAAAGAAACGAAAAUCUAUAAUGUGACUACCACAACACGAGAGCUGUUGAAGAAUGGAUCGACGGCCACCAUUAAUAGGGAAUCCGCGAGGGAAUUGAAACGUCUGUCUCUACAGUCUAACCAGUCGCGCAGUUUCAACAAGAACGAUGCGCCGCCUCCAAGCACGCAGCCGCAAGCCGUGCGCAAUUACCGACUUUUUCCUCCCGGUGAUUACCUCUACUCAUUUGAAUUUCCCAUUGAUGGGUCAAUGCCGGAAACUAUCAAAAGUGAGCUCGGCUUUGUGCGAUAUGACCUGGAAGCUAUUGUGGAACGAUCAGGCGCAUUUCGCCCCAACUUGCUGGGAACCUCGGAAAUAGAAGUUAUACGCACGCCUGCUGAGGGUUCCCUCGAGCAAGUUGAGCCAAUUGCCAUUUCGCGGAAUUGGGAGGAUCAACUGCAUUAUGAUAUUGUUAUUUCAGGAAAAUCUUUCCCAAUGGGGUCCCAGGUCCCGAUUGCUUUCAAAUUGACACCGCUCGCCAAGGUUGAAUGCCACCGGAUCAAAGUAUACGUGUCGGAGAACAUUCAGCACUGGACUCAGGAUAAGUAUGUUCAUCGGUUGCAACCUCCGAAGAAAGUUCUGCUUUUUGAGAAACGAGCCGAUGUGCCUAGUAUCAGCACAUAUCCCGGAAGUAGUAUGCGCGUCACCGCCGGUGGUGGCGUGCCCUGGGAUCGACGAGAAGCAGCAUCUCAAGGGGAAGAACAGGUUAACCGAGGAGUGACCAGUCUUUUGGGCAAUCUGUCCAAUGAAGUGGGAACUGGGCCUACGGAGAUGGAGUUUAGUGUGCAACUCCCAAGCUGCCAUACAAUGAAGGGAAAGGAUGAAGGGCAGAAGUUGCAUUUUGAUACAACAUACGAGAACAUACAAAUCAACCACUGGAUCAAGAUUGUAAUGCGUCUGUCCAAACCCGAUGAGAAAGACCCUACCAAACGCCGUCACUUUGAGAUCUCAAUCGACUCUCCCUUUCACAUCCUAUCUUGCAAAGCCACACAAGGGAAUAUCUACCUGCCGGCAUACAGCGACCCUUCUUCAGACCCCGCGGUUAUCCAAGAAGCGUCUUCUUGUGGAUGUCCCGGGGCUCCGAUGUCAAAGCAGAGCGCUUCAAACAGCCGAAUAAACCUAACCACCUUGAUGUCUGACAACUCGAACUCCAAUAUUAAUCCUACUGAUAACGACAUUAACGUGGGCCCCAAUGGCCGUGGACUACCGCGCAGCUUCACUAACGGGUCUGGGGGAUUGUCACGGCCUGAACAAGCACACAUAGCCCACGAGCCAAGCGGACGUGAUGCACCGCGACCCAUGCAUCUCAUACGAGCGCCGUCUUUCGCACCCCCUUCUUUCGACGAACUGGAACCACCGCCGCCGUUGAUCACUCCACCACCGGAGUAUGCAACCAUAGUCGGUGAUAAUGACCGGGAGACCGUUCUGACUGAUUAUUUCAAUCGGCUUUCUUAUUUUGAGGAACAGGACGAUGAGCGCGGACUCGGUCGAGUUGAUGUUCCUCUUACCCCUGGCGGUCGUGUGCAUCGUAGCAUGGAUGUACCGCGAGAAUGGGUUCGAUUGGGCGAUGCUACCGUUCAGUGA